AUGAAUCGUCUCUCACAUCUUACUUCGCUACUUAUGUUGGCUUCGGUCGGCUCAGCUCAAGUCCCUAAUAUUAUCCCUUUCUCAGUCACUGGCUCUCUGGACAAUUGCAAUGCGGAUGUCAACAGCUUCAAUAUCAAAGUUCCCAAGAAUCUGAUCGUUCAAUUUCCAGUGGUAUGGGCGCUUUUCAGCGAAUUAUGUAGUGCUGAAGCUGGCGGCUACGAAACCACUGUCGUUGGUAACAUAGUCAAUGGCGAAGUUAUCGCCGGCCAGGUCUCAGUUGCUCAAAGACUUGGUCUCGAGGGCAGCCAUGGAUACAUUUCGACUAUCAACUCGGACGGCACUCCCCAGAUUGCUUCAGGCCCAAGAGUUAGGAUCAAUGAUCCCGAUGGCCUGUUUGGACCCAAAACCGAUGCGAAGAGUCCUCCCGGCCCUCUUAGCAUGGUGCUAUCUAAAGUCGGUGACUUUAUUGAACAUAGUGGCCUUAGGGUGGGAUCUGAGGAAAUUCUCGCUUCCUCUAUUGUUUGCAUAAACCUCCAUAUCACGACUCAAGCGGGCAACAACGUCCCUAAUUACACUCGAGUUGAAGACUUCCUCAUGGGCGUUCCGGACACUGCUGGCAACGUUGAGGUUGCAGACAUUCGCGUUAUCAGGUUUCUCUCAGGUUGUGCCUGCUCUACGGUCACAAUCAGUGCGAUUGAAGUCGACCCUUGCACAGGGAAGGAAACCUAUCGCUCUAUCAGUACUGCCACUCCUAGACAAGAGACCCGUUGCAAAUGGGAAGCUCGCAUCGCCUCACCUGCGCAGGCGCCCUUCACUCGCGAAUACCGCAUCACUACCAACACGCCAGUCAAGGAGACCAACGACGGUAUCAAAGCUGGCCAGUACAUUCAGGCCGUCAGCGAAUGGAUCUUCCCCGAAGUUGAUGUUCCAGGGACCAACCCGCCAGCCUUUAAAUUCACUGAUAUACGUGGGCUUGUUCGGGGAGACUUUCUCGACGGCAAGCAAUACGGUCCGCUAAGCCCGUUCCCCGGCUCUAGUCCACCCGUUCCGUCCAAGGCAUGCAAGCCUGAAGACAUAACAGAUCCAAACGCAACACCUACUCCUUCGUGUACACCCAACACUGACUCACCGCAAACCGCCCCUGUGGCAUCCAUCGCAGCCAUCGCCUCAGCCCAGCGCGCUGGCAUUGAGGUCUUCCUAUCUGGCUCUAAUAUCGCGCAAGGUCUGAAUGACAACGAUCUGAACUUCAACUGGACCAAGACGUCGCCUUCGUCAUCCUCCGUAAGCGUCACAAAUGCCAACUCACCCAAGGCUACCUUUAUUGCCCCUAUAUUAAAUAUCGAAACCUCCUUCGUUUUCCAACUUACCGUGAGUCUAAAGUCCACCGCCACGAACUUCAGCAAGGCGAAUGUCACUGUCAAGGUCAACCCAACAGUGGCCGACAGCGUCACCCUGGACACAUAUAUCUGGGGGUCUCGCCAGUCUGGCUCUAUCGCUGUGACAUGCAGCUCCAACGUCAAGAAUGGCAAUAUUAAAGGCAUGACACUUGUUCUUAAUGGCAACACCCGGCUUGCCAUGUCCAAGAAUGGCGAAGAGGGCAAGUGGACGUACAGCGCGAGGAACACGGGUAGACCGAAUAACUUGAAGUGUGUUUCUGACCUCAAGGGUGAGAGCCCGUCGAGGCUGGGUACGGCAACGACUCGAAGGAGGUGA